AAUUGCAACAGAGCAACUCCCUCCAGUUUUAAUGCCCCUGCAUGCCAUAGUAACCCCUCGCUUCUCCUAUGCUCCAUAUACCUCCCAUCAUCUGUGCCUCUGGUCUCUUAUAAAGCCAGUUCCAUUGCCAUACAUACACCAACCUCCCGCUCUCUCUUUUGUGUAAAGCAAGUAACCAUGAGAUCUACCAUCCAGUUCCUCAGGAUCUCCAUGUUCACCCUGUUGGCACUGACCAUAAUCAUCCACACUAUGAUUCCUUCCAUCCCGAGUUCACUACUGAACCCGGACGCGCUUCUCUUCCUCUUCGAGCACAAGGUGGUCCUCCUCUCUCUCCUCUGGUGCGCCACCGUCGCCAUCGUCGCCUACCUGUCGACCCGGCCCCUCCCCGUCUUCCUCCUCGACUACACCUGCUUCAAGCCUGACAACGACCGGCGGUGCAGCUUGGAGGUGUGCGAGUACGUCGGCCUCCGCAGCCGUCGCUUCUCCCCGACCAGCCAGGAGUUCAUGCGCGCCAUCUACCGCAAGUCCGGCCUUGGGGACGAGACCUACGCCCCGCCCUUUCUCUUCCAGACCGACUACGGUGCCCAGUUCCGGCACGCCAUCCUCGAGGCCGAAGAAGGCAUGUUCUCCGCCGUGGCCUCCCUCCUCGCCAAGACCGCCGUCGAACCCUCCCGCAUCACCCUCCUGAUCACCGCCUGCAGCAUGUUCGCCCCCUCCCCCUCCUUCUCCUCCUUCAUCGUCCACCGCUUCAAGCUGGCCCCCUCCGUCAAGACAUUCAACCUCGCCGGCAUGGGCUGCAGCGCCGGCACCAUGUCCAUCGACCUCGCCGCCAAGAUCCUCCGCCGCCGAGUCGGCUACGCUCUCAUAGUCGUCACCGAAAGCACCAGCCUCAACUGGUACUUCGGCGACAACCGCCACAUGCUGGUGACCAACUGCAUCUUCCGGGCGGGGACCGCCGCGGCGCUCGUCACCAGCGACCCCUCCCGGCUGGGCGCCGCCAAGAUGGAGCUGGUCCGCACCCUCCGCACCCACCACGGCGCCGACGACGCGGCCUACAACGCCGCCGUCCAGAUGGAGGACGAGGACGGCAACGUGGGUGUCGCGCUCACCAAGGACUUGGUCCGGGUGGCCGGCGCCGGCCUCAAGGGCCACAUCUCCACCCUCGCCCCCCGAGUCCUCCCGGUCUCCGAGCUUCUACGCUACGUCUACAACGUGACGAGGUCGAUCAUGGCGGGGGACCGCAAGGCGGUGCACGUGCCGGCCUUCACCAAGGCGUUCGAGCACAUGUGCAUCCACGCAGGCGGGAAGGCGGUGAUCGACGCGGUGGGGAAGAUCAUGCGGUUCGACCACGGCGUGACGGAGCCGGCCCGGAUGUGCCUGCACCGAUUCGGGAACACGUCGAGCAGCUUGGUGUUUUACGAGCUGGCCUACUUCGAGGCCAAGGGCAGGGUAAAGAAGGGGGAUAGGGUGUGGAUGCUGGCGUUCGGGACCGGGUUCAAGGCCUGCAGCGUGGUGUGGAGGGCGUUGAGAGACUCCGGGAUGGAUCCGGACAAUCCAUGGAAGGAAUGCAUCCAUAGGUAUCCGGUGGUGUAGUGGCUGCGUCCGAUUGGACCCCCGAUUCUAUGUCGAAUAUCAUGUAAUAUCUAUAUAUCUAUCAACAUCAGAAAGAACAUGGAAGCAAUGAAUGGAUUCUUCGUUCCUUGAGUGGGUGCCAUGGUGAUGGGAGAGAAAUAAAUGCAUGCGUGUUGCUGUUGGUCGGUCCACGGAGUUUUUAUUCGUUUCGUCUGAGGAUUCCUGUACGUGGCAAAACGGGGGCACAUGCCCAUGUGCCCUCAAUGUUCCUCGCAGUCCUAGCAUGCUAGGUGGAUGAAUCUGCACCGAUCUAUAUUUAUGGAUCGCAGUCCGAGUUGGUUGACGGGACAGCAGGUCAUCAUCAAGUAACAAAUAAUUCUGCCUUUGUUUCCUUAUUUCGUUAAAUAAUAAGCCUCAGCCUCUACCUUGUUGUU